GCAGGGCUCAAUCACAGUCUGACAGUGGUGCUCGAACACGGUGAACAGGACACCCACCAUGAUGCAGCGGACUCUGUUUAGCCGGAGUGCAGGGCUCCUAGCCCAGCAGGCUGCCGCAGCAUCUGCUGGCCUCGACAGUCCACUAACUGCCAGGAGCGCGCCGCUGCUGCAGCGUCUGGACCGCUCCAUGUCGUCUGUCACCAUGCCGCCACCGGCGUGCAUGCUGCGGCCACUCGAGGCGCCUCUGCGUUACUUGUUCGGACCAGGACCCUCAAACAUCCCCCCGCGUGUUUUAGCUGCGGGGGCCAAGCCGAUAAUUGGUCACCUGCAUGCAGAAAUGUAUGAGAUCAUGAAUGACAUUAAGAAGGGAAUCCAGUACGCCUUCCAGACAGACAACAACAUGACAAUUGCAAUGAGUGGGUCCGGUCACGCUGCCAUGGAGUGUGCGGUUUUUAACACGGUGGAGCCAGGGGAGAGUGUCCUCGUCGCCAUUAACGGGAUCUGGGGGGAGCGAGUUGCAGAAAUCGCGGAAAGAAUGGGUGCAAAUGUACAUAGAAUGGUGAAAACGCCUGGUGGAUAUUUCAGCAAUAAGGAAAUUGAACAGGCUAUAGAGAAACACAAGCCGGUCCUGUUUUUCCUAACACAUGGAGAGUCAUCUGCUGGUCUAUGCCACCCCAUGGACGGCAUUGGGGACAUCUGCAGAAAACAUGAUUGCCUCUUCCUUGUCGACACUGUUGCAUCACUCGGGGCGGCGCCUAUUUUUAUGGACCAGCAAAACAUUGAUAUCCUGUACACUGGCUCUCAAAAGGCCCUGAAUGCACCGCCUGGCACGGCACCCAUCUCUUUUAAUGACAGAGCAUGCCACAAGAUGUUUAAUAGGAAAACAAAACCAGUCUCCUACCUCUUUGACAUGACGCAUUUGUCCAACUACUGGGGUUGUGAUGGUAAACCGGCCAGAAUAUAUCACCACACUGGCCCAGUGUCUGGAUUCUUUGCCUUAAGAGAGAGUUUGGCAAUUCUUGCUGAGAGGGGGCUGGAGGAGUCUUGGAGGAAACACAAAGAGGUGGCAGCCUACCUGUACAGAGGACUUGAAGACUUGGGUCUCAAACUCUUCAUUCCUGAUAGGGAUUUGAGGCUUCCCUCAGUGACCACCAUCGCCAUCCCUGACGGCUAUGACUGGAGGGAGUUGCUGGCGUACAUCAUGAAGAACCACAAUAUGGAGAUGACUGGUGGCCUGGGCCCCUCCAUUGGCAUGGUGAUGCGGAUUGGACUGAUGGGGUAUAACUGUGAGAAGACAAACGCUGACAUGGCACUGCACGCCUUGGCAGACGCUCUCAAAAACUGUAAAAAAAGCAAGGCUUAAGGAGCAGAUUCCCACAGCAUAGUGACCACGGACAAAGGAAAGAUUGACCAUUAUAGUGAAAAAUCUGUACUUGUGAUUGUAAAUGCGUUGCAAAGCAGACUGUUUCUUGUUUGUGAGUAGUUUUGAAAUUGACAAGUAGACGCCACAUGGUCUAUGCUGAAUGCACUGAUAGAUGUCAAUAAAUGUGGAUUGUUUUAUCAA